AUGGAGCGUUCAGGAACACAAUGCGCACGUGAGGUCUUUUUUUCAAAUUGACUAUGCCUGCCGGCAAGCUAACAUGUUUUGUGUCACAGGUAAUUUGUCAGGGCUGAUUUCCAAUAUACGGUUUGCUUGGAUCGUUGCGCGUAGGCUAACCCUAAAGUUCUAAUAAUAAUAUAAUAUAAUAUGCCAUUUAGCAGACGCUUUUAUCCAAAGCGACUUACAGUCAUGCGUGCAUACAUUUUUGUGUAUGGGUGGUCCCGGGGAUCGAACCCACUACCUUGGCGUUACAAGCGCCGUGCUCUACCAGCUGAGCUAUACUGUUCUCUAACAGUUCUAUAUUCAAGUAGGAUUUCAUAAUAUUUUAUUAUGGAAGAAGAGAGUGUGAACGAGUCAUUUCCAGAUUUGAAAGAGCUGGAAAAUAAAAUUGGGAUGAAUACUCCGGAGAGCCUGUUGAGGUUGAUGCAGGGGGAUGCUUCGCUCUGCGCUGAGUGGAGUUCCGACAGUCCGGAGGGGAGAGACAACAGCACCAGCGACAGUCUGACGGACAAGAUCAGAAACUUGAAACUGGAGAUGGUAAGGAUUCCUUUGCAGAAAUGCAAUUUUUAAUGGUUCUGUAUGAUUUGAUUAUAUAAACUGUGUGUGUGUCCAUUCUUUUCUCCUGUUCAGUUUUUCUAUGAGUAGGUUUAUUUUUCAAAGCUAUACAAAUGCUGUAUAGAACUCUCCCACCAGACCAUGUUUGGCUUGCAUUAGUGAUAGCCACAACAAUUUUAUUGACAGUCAUUGACAGUUCUGUCACCACCACACCAUCCCCCUCACCCAGCUGAGGUCCUUCAUUCCAUUCAAAUCAUUUGACACGUUUUAAGUCUAAAUUCCUCAGCUCACUACUGUCCUCUCACAUUCCCUCCCCACCCUCCUCCCACAGGGCUGUCUGCGUGCUGCAGAUGUGCGGGUCCUGCGCCAGCUGGUGGCGGUGCAUGAGGCCAUGGAGGCUGUGCGCUGGCUGCUGGAGGAGCGUGGCACCCUGGCAAGCAGGGGCAGCAGCCUGACAAGCAGCCAGUGUAGCCUGGCCGAGGGGCCUGGCAUGUCCCCCUGCAGAGAGGGCCUGAGUCUGGCCCUAACUAGCCGGAAGAGUCCACUACAUGACGCCAAUGAAGAGCCAGAAGAGGAAGAGCUGCCAGUACCAGAUAGCAUCUCCGGGCACAGCUACUUCGAUAUGCUCACCAACACCGUUUCUUCUAAUGAUACAGACACAGGGUUGACACUAGAGGGCAGGAUUGUUAGCCAUCCUGAGGGGACAGGAGAAACUGGGACAAAUCACUGUGGUCUCCCAGAGGAGAGACAAGUGGCCUCUGACGGUGACAUCCUGGGGGUGGAGGAACAGACCAUUCCCAGUUGUGAGGUUCUGUUGGGGUAUGAUGCUCAGUGGUGCUGGGUGGAGUCUCAAGACGAUGUGACAUUUCUCUGA